GUAUUUAGGAGAUAAGUAUUAUUUACUUGGAGAUUCAAUGUAUCCAUUAGAUACAUUUUUAAUUGUACCAUAUAAAGAUUAUUGUAAUCUUACUGUAAAACAGAAAAAUUUUAACAUAAAACACAGUUCUAUCAGGGUUGUCGUAGAACAAGCCAUAGGUCUGCUAAAAGGGCAAUUCCGUCGACUGAAAUAUCUCGACGUGGAAAACAUUUCAUCAAUGUCAAAAGUCGUAAUGACAUCAUGUAUAUUGCACAAUUUGUGCAUUAAUCAAGGUGAUAUUGACUGUACAGAGGAUGCAUUUGUUGAUGAUUAUAAUGAACCUGCAGAAGACCCAAUUACGAGAAAUCGUACGGCUGCGGAAGUAAAACGUAAUCAAUUAGCAGAUCUAUUGACGCAGAAUUGA